AUGGCGAGCUGGUUUGCAUCCAACUCCGCCCUCGAUGAGCAGAUCGAAAAGGCGACUUCUUCCAGUUUGGAGGACAUUGCUUUGAAUUUAGAGGUCUCCGACAUUAUUCGCUCAAAGAGUGUUCAGCCAAAGGAGGCUAUGAGAUCGCUGAAGCGACGAAUAGGGCACAAGAAUCCGAAUGUUCAGUUGGCCACCUUGAAGCUUACGGACACAUGUGUCAAGAAUGGAGGAUCGCACUUUUUGGCAGAGAUUGCCUCUAGAGAAUUUAUGGACAAUCUGACGUCCUUAUUAAAAGCAUAUGGUAGUGCUGCACCUAACGACGACGUAAAGACCAAGAUCCUAGAACUUUUACAGGUCUGGGCGAGUGGUACAGAAGGCCGGAGCGAUGCAUCCUACAUAGGAGAAACUUAUAGGACACUCCACAGAGAAGGCUUUCGGUUUCCUCCAAAGGUCGAAAUGUCCAGCAGUAUGCUCGACAGCAGCGCUCCACCUGAGUGGAUAGACUCGGACGUCUGCAUGCGCUGUCGAACAGCAUUCAGCUUCACGAAUCGAAAGCAUCAUUGCCGGAACUGUGGGAACGUUUUCGAUGCUCAAUGCUCUACCAAAACGAUACCAUUGCCCCAUCUGGGAAUCAUGCAAGCUGUGAGGGUCGACGACGGAUGCUACGCCAAGUUGACUGACAAGUCUCGCACCGGGCCUCUUCCAGAACGAUCACUUGCGAAAGGGAACGCAAGCAUAAUAAGACACCGUAGUCCGAUGCAGCCCCGUGAUGCCCGCGUCGAUGAAGGAUUUGAUGAUGAUCUGAAGAGAGCGCUACAGAUGAGCCUUGAGGAAGUCAAAGGACACUCUGGCGCUGGAUACGUCCCCCAAUCUCAAUUGCAAGUGCAACGAAAGUCUCCAAUAACCGACGGACCCUCAAAGACUGCGAAGCCCCCAGAAGAGGAGGAAGAUCCUGAUUUGAAAGCCGCGAUUGCAGCGUCAAUCAAAGAGAUGGAGGAGCAAAAGAAAAGGCACGCUGCCAAUUUGAAGAAGCAGGCCUCAAGUAACACAUCAACUGCAAAUAUGGACGUGGUAAUGCCAAACAAUAAAUAUGAGCUGACUCCGGUUGAAGCCGAAAACAUUAAUCUCUUUUCCACCCUUGUCGAUCGUUUGCAGCAUCAACCACCCGGUACGGUCUUAAGAGAGCCUCAAAUCCAGGAGUUAUACGAAGGCAUCGGAGCUUUGAGGCCAAAGCUUGCGAGAUCAUACGGGGAGACCAUGAGUAAACACGAUACUCUCCUCGAUCUGCACUCUAAGCUAGCCACUGUUGUUCGGUACUAUGACCGAAUGUUGGAAGACCGUCUCUCGAACACUUACAGCCAGCAUAGUCUAGGAGGCUAUGGGGUCAGAUCACAUGCAGCACAAUCAAUGUAUCCUACGAUACCUACAGAAGCGCCAAGUGGCCAGGGUGGAGCAGAGAGCUACUACAACAUGAACGGCGCGCCACCACAGAUCGAUACAUAUGCUCCUCCGCAACCGCAGUACAGCAACUACCCUCCGCCUCAGUCGCAAUAUACACAACGUGACAGGGCACCUUCGAAUACAUCAUCUAGUUACGAUCAACGCUUGCAGCACAACGCCCAAGCACCUCAACGAGCGUCCAGCCUACAAGGCUACUCACGCUCGCCAAAUCAGAUGCAGGAGCCCUCCUACUACCCUCCUAGUCAGCCUCAAAACCACCAACAGUACCAACCAUCACCAAUGGAACCGCCUCCUCAAACGCCUACCACGGAAGAUCCAGCCGCAGCAUAUUACAACCAAAGCCAACCGCAGAUCUCACCUUCUCAGUCGUAUCCACAACAGCAAGCGAACCGCAGCAAUUACGCCUCGGCACCAUCUCCAGAACAGAGUCACCCAAGUUUGGCCCAACAACAGCAAACCUAUCCACCUCAACAGCAUGCCCUUCCACCACUUCAGCCACAACAACAACCGUACUGGCAACAACAGCAAACUCCCGCCGUGCAGCCAUCGCAAAGAAACAACGCACCUUACCCAUCGAUGAAUGCAUAUACGCCAGAUUCUUUCCCUGCAGCUCCGACCCAUCAACCGCAACCAAAGCAAGUGGAGGAACAGCUGAUAGAACUUUGA